AUGUCCACCAUGUCCACCCUCUUCCAAAACACCCACCGCCUCUUCCGCUUCCUCUCCUACACAGCAAUAACCUUCUGGUUCAUUCUAAUCGUCUUCAUAAUCCCGCUCUUCCAGGUCCUGGACUGGGUGUACCGUGAACCACAUGAUACGCGGAUGCAUCAGCUUGCGCUCCGCAGGCUGGAUCAUAUGAGGCGGGUGGGGAAUUAUUCGGAGGAGUUUUUGGGGUGGAUGGAUGAUGUGUUGUGGAGGGGUGGGUAA